CACCACAAACACCCCACAUAGUAACAUAUCAAGAUGCACGUGCAAAGUUGCCACGGGCAGCAGUGACCUCAGAUUUGCAGUCUGAUGAAAAUGAUGACCGCCCAGCCUACUUUAAACGAAAGAAUCGUGGUUCAAAAAUGUUUAUCUCUAGUGGCAGUGAGGAUGAGUUGGAAUCACCUAUUUUUAGAAAAAGAAGAAAUGUAGAAGUUGGGGCUAGUGAAAGCAGUGCACCUAUUCCAGCAGCACCAUCUGUGCCACAACCACCACCCAAAAUCUUCAGAUCCACUGACUCUAGGGAGAAUAUUGGACAGCAAACCAGACCUGCGAGUAACUUUGGCAUGGUAGAUUCUGAUACUUCUGCUAUAUUACGAGAAAUCCUUGUUUCUUUGGAAACUUUAAAGGAGCAGCAGAAAUUCCUCCUUGCUCAUGUGCUUAAGCUUGGAAGUGGUGGGCCCACAAACAUUCCUGAUGUGACAGACCUUGGUCUUCCUCUGGCAUCCAUUCAAGAACUGAAAGACUUAGAUGAGCAAAUCAGGGUUAGACCAGAACAGAAGAACAAGUUGACAACAUAUCUCGGGUUUACUGGUGGAGUCAAUACAAAAGAGACUGUAUGGAGGGCCAUGUCUACACUUUUAACAAACUCCUUGGCAAAGGAGAUCAACUGGAGUGGAGCUAACCGGAAACUGGCCUUUAAAAGUCUUUCCAUCAAAGGAGUUGUUCUUAAUGCUGUUAGAAAGUGUCCACAUGCAAGAGAUGCAACUGACAAAGAAGUUGAGCAGUAUAUAGCAAGGUGGUUACAGCUUGCUCCAGACAGAGAUGGUGGGCGGAAAGAAAGGGCAAAAUCUGCUGCGAGCAACACAUCAUUUGAGAGAGAGUAAAUUAUUGCUGCAUCUUCAUUAACACACAAGAUAGCUCACACAGUUUCUCAUUCUUUGACCUAGGAUGCAGUUCAAAUCAAUUUUGGAAAAGUGUGAGCUGAAUUGUGUUUUGGAAAUAUUAAUUGUUUCGUUUGUCCAAUAAAAGUGAUCACAGACUGUGCUGCUUUUCAAGUUAAUACAUACAUAAUAAACAUAUAAUUUAUUUCUGAACAUUAA